AUGGAUUGCCUAGUCGGAGGAGCACUAUGUCUUCCUGGGAAGAACCCCCCAUCUCCAGAUGCACCGGCCAACUUCCACUCCGGGAAGAUCACUGGACACAGACGGUCGGUCUCCCGUCGGGUCAGGAACGGCUGGAGAGAAAGCCGUGGCGCGGCGACUGGGACUUCUUUCCAGACCCUCCUGACUCUUGCCGCGUCUUCCACCGCCGCCGUGAAGUGGGAAGGUUGUGGCCCCCCUGCGUUUCGUCAUUCGCCAGUCGCGAGGGGCGAUGCGACCGCUGAGGUACAGCUGACGGGUCGCGCAGGUCACGCAAUGCCGGCACACAAAGGGUGCGGCGGUCGAUCUCAGCGGCCUGGAAAUAGAAAUGCGGGUGCGGAUGAGGAUGUGGACGAGGAUGCGGAUGCUCCAAGGUUUCGUUGA